UCAUUGUGUACAAUAUCUAUUGCCUCCGAUUGGUCUUACUUCUAACUGGGUCAAAGUCGAGAAAGCCAUCAAUACUGACUGUUCUAGAACCAUCAUUUCCUUCACAAUGUUUCCAUUUUUGCAGUGAUACCCAGUUUUCAUAUUGACUUCCAUGGCCUUCACGUACUGUACUGGUCAAACUCUCUGUCAUUUCGCUAGAUCCAGGCGUUCCCCUCUCAUCAAAGGAGGGGUGAAACACACAAUAGGUGGAAAAACCCAUUGAGGCCCCAAAAUUUGAGACUUGUUAGAGAGAGAGAGUUAUAUUCUUGGUUUAGUUAGAGAGAAUUCUUGAUUAAUCUUUUGCUGUUGGGUUUAUUGUAUUCUGGUGAUUAGGCGAUUGUGUUGCCUCCAUGGCGAACGCUGUUGCAUUCUUUGCAGCUGUUAACCCACGAGUAUUGAACCGUCCCUUGGGUUUGGGAUAUAUUCGUCGGAAGUCUCAAAUAGCGUCGAUUUAUCGAUUUCAGUCCCUUCGAGCUCAUCGAUCCUUGGUUUUUGCUUCUAAAGAUGGAUCACCGUUGUCAGUUGAUGCGCAUCUUGAAGGGAGUAACAUGCAAGUCCUUGAUUCUCAGGCUACCGAUUCCAUAAACUAUCAAGGGCAUGGUUCAAGUAGCCAAAUAGAAGAGUCAUUAAAAUCAUAUUCCACUGUAGCAGAAGAGGUCAGUGGAAAACAUGGGAUGAACACUUCAGUAGAUAUUUCUAACACCCAAGAAGAGGGAAAGAAGACAGCCAGGAUCCAUGAUUUCUGCCUUGGGAUUCCAUUUGGUGGGAUAGUUUUAAGUGGUGGGCUUGUUGGGUUUAUUUUCUCAAGGAACAUUACCAACCUUAUGUCUGGCAUACUUUUUGGGGGUGCUCUGCUGGCUCUCAGCUACUACAGCUUAAAAGUGUGGAAGCAAGGAAAAUCUAGCAUUCCUUUUAUGGUGGGACAAACAGCUUUCACCGCAGCCUAUCUGGUGAAGCAAUUUCAACUAUACUCAUUGACAAGGAAACUUCUCCCCAAUGGUUUCUUCAUUGCUUUGAGUGCUGCAAUGCUGUGUUUCUAUUCCUACGUGAUGCUUUCGGGAGGGAACCCACCACCCAAGAAGCUGAAGCUAGCAACAAACUCUUCAUCAUGACUGAAUAUCCCUAUAUCCUCAGUUGUAUGUUUAGUGUUACCACUUUAGACUAUAUAUAUAUAUAUAUAUAUUGGUUUAAUACAAAAGGUCAUAAUCCCUUUUACCCGCUAGAAGUGAAAUCAGGCGGCUAAGAGUGUACCACUGACAACACUUGAAGUUUUGAGAAAAUUUUCUUCAGACCUUGUGCUGGGAAAUUACACAUCCCAGCUCUUCGAUUUUUCCAUCUUACUGCUUAGGGUGUUUAAUCUUUGUUUACAAAAGGUCAUGGUUGGGUGUGUGUGUCAUUUGCUUUUUUUUUGUAAAAGAUGCAACCUCGUGAUAGUAUAAUAGGUGGAAGUGAAUCACCUUGACUUCUCAGCUAUAAGCAUGAAAAUGUCAACAAGCUUAGAGCAGGAGGUUUAGUUGUGAAGGGUAUCUUCCUUUGCGUUUCAUUUGUGUCUAAAUUAUUUCUUUGUGCUUAAUACAAUGCUCAGGCCUGCUGAAUUGAUCCAUGAUCGGUAA